GGAAAAGGGUUGGAAACAGCAGCCAAGACCCACAGCGAAAGCGGCGAAUUAUUAGCUGUUCGAAACUCCUUUUGCAUUCAUUAAUCCUAAUUAUCUUGUCAAGAUGUCCAAGAACACAGUGUCAGAUCGGUUCAGGAAAGUAGAUGUUGACGAAUACGACGAAAACAAAUUUGUGGACGAUGAGGACGGAGGAGAAAAUCAAGGUGGCCCGGAUGAAGCAGAAGUGGACGCGCUUGUUCGACAGGGUAACCUGAAAGCAGCUCUUCAUGCAGUGCUGAUGAACCCUCCAAUCAACACCAAGAACCAGAACGUUAAGGAGCGAGCAGAGCUCCUGGUUCUAAAGGUCCUGAGUAGUUUUAAGAGCAGCGACAUUGAGAAAGCUGUCGGGUCACUGGACAGGGCAGGAGUGGACCUCUUGAUGAAGUACAUCUAUAGAGGCUUUGAGAAGCCCUCUGAUAACAGCAGCGCUGUACUGCUUCAGUGGCAUGAAAAGGCUCUUGCUGUGGGAGGAGUGGGCUCCAUCGUCAGAGUUCUGACUGCCAGGAAGACCGUCUGACUGUCCAAAACCCGACCGGAACCAAAAUUAAAGAGACGUGAUUGAGACUGUCCCAUAUGAUCGGGCCUAAUUGAAACAACCCCACUGGAUCUGAUUGCAGGGAUGUGAUUCUUUUUCCCCCCCUGUCCAUUGUUUCGGAACACAUGACUCCUGUUCGUUUUUAUUGGAAAUUCCUGUUUCCCCUCCAAUCUCAUUAAUGUCCUGCCUCUUUUUUUUUUAAAGUUCCAUUCACUUUGCUGAUCACAUCCCUGGGAUGGAGACCUGAGUGAGGCCGGGCAAGGAGGUGCUGGCACCAAAAGCCCUGUCAAUAUUAGUGAGGCGGCAAGAAGACACACUUCAUAUGCGUCAUUCAAACUGCUAUAUAUUUUACCCAAACAUGCUCCAUGCUUCAUUUACACUGCCUCAUGGUUCACACUCACUCUGAUGUCACAGACUGGCUGACUGCCAAGGCAAAACUCCAUUUAACAACUCUUCCUCUCACUCUUCCCCCUCUUCUCUUGGUCUGAGGUUAUUCAACCACUGGGGUUGUGGAAACAGAGGUUGACAAAAUAAUUCUCUAACUUCUAACUUUUGUUCACUUCAGGUUCUCUCGGCUGUGUUCCUGCCUGUUUUGACAUAGGAAUAGCACUCAAAAGCACAAGCCGCCAAUAGAAAAAACAAGUAAAUUAACAUUUAACCAUAUCCCGUUAGGGAAUGAAACAAGCUGGAGAUGCUUCAAUAAAAUAUUAAAACAAAAAGUCUCUAGAUGUAAAACUAAACUAAAAUCAGCCCCAGUCAUCACUGCUUAAAAACCAAAUGUUGUAGAAAGACUACCUGCAGUAGGUAUCCGUGGUGCAUGGUGUGUGUGUAUGGUAUUAGAACUAGUAUACAUUCUCUGGUUAGGCUUCAUGGUGAGGAGGAAAUUUAGUUAACAUUUUAAAUUACAGCUCCCUGUAACAGAGGGCCUGUUGCUUCACAUUGGCUUGUCAUGAACAUAAUGGUGACUGAAUAUUUACUGGUUAGGUUGUUGGAUUUCAUCUUGACACCUUAAUGAGAAUAAACCAUUUCCAUAUGGAGAAAAACUACUCAAUCCUCCUGUUUUCCAGAAUCAGUUUCAAUAUGAACAAUAACUUCCUGUGCUCUAGUUACAUACUUAAAAGAGAUCAUGGAGCUGUAAUUUAACGGGUCACCGAGACAUGGUUUUGUUAUAAACUAAGGGUUCAGGUGGCACUUUGGUGUGCGUUAUAUCUAUUUUAUUGUUUGUUUCUGAUUUUCUCGAGUUAAGAUAUAACUACAGAGCAUGGUCAAUAACCGUUUGGCCAGGAUGAUGUUGACCUUUCUCUGGAACUAAAACAUGCUGGUGUCACACAUGUAGGGAAGUCCUCUUCAUAAUUUACCAGAUGCCCUGUAUUUUGAAGAGAACUUGACAUAGGAUCAGCAGUUACUGUAAAGCGGUCAGAGUGACUGUGCAAGCCGGCAUGACUACCACUGAAAACGACCGAGACCCAACUCUUCUUGGCCCUCAAUGUCACAAAACAGUGAUCCACAUGGUACUGCACAUAGAAAUUAACCACAGGAUACACCGUACCACUGGAUGUAUGUAAUCACCUCCAUAUGUAUGCGGAUGACAGUGAUUGAAAGCAAAGUAUUGACUAAAGGGAGUACAGUAUCUGUGUGUUUUAGACAGGGGGGGUGCCAGAGACCUGGAGUCUCAUUGGUGAAGCUUUUUUUUUUUACACCAAAAAUACAUUCUACAGGGCGGGCAUGACAAAUAUGAUACAGAAAUUGAGAAUUAUAGUACUCGCUGUGAAAAGUGCUUCGUUCCACAUCAAAAAAAGUUUAAAUUGAGUGAUGAUGUGAUAUUAGAAUUAUAACUGAAUGACUUAAAGCAGCAUGGGAGGCAAAUAACAUGGAAGAAACACAAAAAUGUUGCUCAUUACAGUGAAGCUCGAUCUAUUUAACAAGGAUGUAUAAACACUCCAAACUCAGGUGUUGGUAUUGUAACAUUUGAUUUGAGUAUUCAAGUCAUUACAAGUUACGAUCUGUCCAUUUUCAUUUAGCAUGAUCUAUUUACACUGCAGUCCACAGCAGAAAGUGCAAUGUAAAUCUCUUACCACAAAUCUUCAGUUUCUAGACCUGAAAUUAAAACUGAUCGGGGGGGGGGGGGGGGGGAUUACUGAUUACAUCUGGGUUCUGCUGCCUCACUGAGCAAGGACCGUUGCAUAUGGUGCUGUACAUAAAUUGCAGAAUUAGGAAAAAGUUUUGCUGCCUACUUUGCAGUUUUGUUCGGUGUGCACUACCCAGGAACUCCCAAACUAAACCUAUUGCUGUGGCUUUACAUUCCUUUUUCCAAGUAUCAACUCAAAUCCCCCCCCACCCCCCGCUUUUUUUUUUUUAAUCAGUCAGCCUCACCCAUAAUGCUCAGUUUUACACUGCAAAGUUUGUUCAUUUUCUUCACAUAAUUAAAUGACUGGCUUAAAAAUAUAAAUCCAAAACAUCGAAUAUGGGGUGUCUUUUUAGUGUUGUUUGAGUAAAUGGGGGGGGAGGGUGUAGUAAUGUGCAGGUAGUUACAAUGUCAUUGUUGUUCGUACUUCCGAGUAUGCAGUACUAGUCAAAACAAUUGACUAAAUUGUCUGAAUUACCUAAUGCAUUUCUCCACUUUUGUGCCAACGCAAUCAUCGUGUUGAAUUUAGGGAGGUUGACAGGAGGUCCUGGGGCUCGUGACCCAUCCUGGGAACCCCCAACAAAUGAUCAGAGUAUGAGUAAAGGAGUUUGAGUGUCAACAUUCAGAGGACGAAUUAUUGCCUUAUCUAGAAAUGUCUUCUUUUUUUUUUUUGAAGAUUCUCCAAUCAUUUAUUAUUGUGUAUUACAGAAGAUGCCCAAGAUUGUAAAAUAACCAAAUUAUGAUGACAUUAACGUUAUAAAAUGACAUUGAUGUAGUCACAGCCCAUUAGUUACCUACUGGUUGUAAAUGCCAAGGAAGUUUAAUGUUACAUUACUGGCAAGCAAAGGUCAUCACAAAAUAUCAGCUGAUCAGCAUGAAGAAAAUCAACUGGGCUAAAAUGUCUUCAUUUUUAUACAAUGUGCUGUACGUGUCUUUCAGAAGUAAUAAACAGUUC